GGUAUGUUGAAAAUGGGACUUUCAAAGUCUGGAUGUGUAUGCGGCAGUGUUUCCUGGCAGAUUUUCUGUGGUUCCUUUUUUGUCCACCCCCUUUUCUUCCUACUGUCACCCGACGCAUAUCCUCUAUAACUUGGAGUUAUCACUAACAGUUUGAUCAGCACUAUGCCGAAUCUGCGAGCCAAUCGCGUUCAUGUCCAUUUUCCCCUAUGUCUAUCGCAUGGUGGAGUCCUUCCAUGUGACGGACAAUGAUCGCAAAAUUGCCCUCUAUGCAGGCAUGAUCACCUCUGCCUUCACAUUUGCGGAGUUCUCAACAGGCAUGUUCUGGGGACGCAUGAGUGACAAGGUUGGUAGGAAACCAGUCCUAAUCAUGGGCCUGGUCGGGACCGCUAUUAGCAUGAUUGUAUUUGGGUUUGCUCCCAACUUACCUACAGCGAUGAUCGCCCGGGCUUUAGGAGGCCUGUUGAACGGAAACAUCGGAGUACUCCAGACGACCGUGGCGGAGAUCGUGACUGUCAAGGAACACCAACCCCGGGCUUACUCCAUCAUGCCAUUUGUUUGGUGCUUGGGAUCGAUUAUCGGACCCGCCAUGGGCGGUGCGCUGGCACAGCCGUGCGAGAAUUAUCCCUGGCUAUUUCAGCGCGGCACUAUCCUCGAAGCUUUUCCAUUCCUGCUACCCAACGUGGUAUGCGUUGUUGUUCUAAUGUUCGGCAUUGUGGUUGGCUUAUUGUUCUUGGAGGAGACCCAUCCGGAGAAAAAGCAUCGCCGGGACCCUGGUUUGGAAUUGGGCAACUGGCUCAUCGGAAAAUGCCGCAGAUCUUCUGUGCAGCUGACCGAGGACACGGAUGUCAAGGUGGAACCAGAGGAAGCGGAUUAUCUCGACUACGACGAUGUACCCCCGCCCGAGUACAAGAGCAAUGAGUCCUCCCCUCAGCUGUUACCAAUGAAGGAAUUGGAUAACUUAUCAGAUGAUGACGAUAUUGAAAGGCAGAUGAAAAAUGAGAAAUGUGGAACGCCGAAGGCGUUUACUAAGCAAGUUAUUUUCAACAUCAUUGCCUAUGGAAUUCUUGCAUAUCACAGUGUCUCUUUCGAUCAGCUGAUGCCCGUUUUCCUGAGCACACCCAAGUCCGGGGAAGAUGCCAUCUUGCCAUUCAAAUUCACUGGAGGUCUUGGUCUCCCCACGAAGACCAUUGGGUUCAUGCUUGCAGUGCAGGGCGUCUAUUCUAUGAUUGCCCAGCUCUGGCUUUUCCCAUCUGUUGUCCGUCACUUUGGGACCUUGCGUACUUUUCGCUUUGUUCUCUUUGUCUGGCCUCCACUCUACCUGUUGGUUCCAUACCUCAUACUCCUUCCUGAAGUGCUUCAGAUGACCGCGGUGUAUGUCGCCUUGAUCUGCAAGAUCACCUUCCAUGUCAUCGCAUUCCCAUCUACCGCUAUCUUACUCGCCAACGCUGCUCCAUCCUCUAAAGUGCUUGGGUCCAUUAAUGGUGCAGCUGCCUCAACGGCAAGUUUGAGCCGUGCUUUCGGCCCAACCGUCACUGGCCUACUUCACUCUAAAGGUCUCGAGAGUGGAUACUCUGUGCUGGCCUGGUGGGCCUGCGGUAUUGUCUGCAUCAUUGGAGCCAUUCAGAGCUUUUGGAUGGAGGAGAGUGACCCAAAAACAGAUUCCAAGCAAACCGAGCAGCAUGAGUUUAAUGCAAGUGAGAACGGCCUGCGGGGCUCCUACACUGCGGGCAAGGAGGACGCCACCGCAGAAGAAGUGCGGAGAUUACUCUCUUCUGCGCGGACUAGUGUUGACGACUCUGACAUAUUAAAUAUCGAUUUGACACAGACUCACGCCAAGCACGAGCAUGCUUGAGUUGGCCAUUCAAUAUGGCGUGACCCGACACGACCUACGCAUGACAUUUGACAUGACUCGGCUUAUUUUUACCUGACAUCACGUUUUCUUUUUUUACUAUCAUUUCUUUCUCUUUCUUUUCUAGCUCUUCCCCCCUUUCGACACUCCUGUCGAUUUGAUAUAUCUGUUCUAUUUUGCAUUUUGAUUAUCUUCCAAGUGGUGGCUAGCUUUGGUCAGGCUUUUUUUCUUUUUGAACUGCUAUGUUUCCUUCUGUGUUUAGAUCAUGGUUUUAAAUUUGGGUGGAGGCGCAUUUCAUAGACUGGAUGCAUCUUUAAAAGCAUGGGGGCUGGCUGUUUUCUUUUUUUUUUCGCCUUUUUUCCUAUUUUUGUCUUUCUCCCUAUCUUGUUGUCAUGAUCUCCAUGGAGCAUGGUUGGGUUGGACACGCGCUAUUAUGCAUCUGGGAGGCUUUUGUUAUUACCAUAUAUCCAACUCAUUUGAGCGCAGAAUCUAUUUUAAGGGAAGGUGGAC